AUGGAAAUGGAAAAUCAGACAACAGUGACUUAUUUUAUUCUUUUGGGAUUUUCAUACCACCUGCCAGUCCAGAUUUUUCUGUUUGUUGUAUUUUUAUUAAUUUAUGCAGUCACACUGACGGGAAAUAUGAUCAUCAUGGUGGUAAUAAAGCACAGCAGUCAUCUUCAGAGCCCCAUGUACUUCUUCCUGAGUCAGCUGUCUUUUCUUGACAUUUGCUAUUCUUCUGUCACGGUGCCUAAACUGUUAGUGAACUUCUUUGCUGGGCAGACAAUUUCAUACAAUAACUGCAUUACCCAGAUGUUCUUCAUCCUUCUGACAGCUUCAUCUGAAAUUUUACUUCUUACAGCAAUGGCUUAUGACCGAUAUGCUGCCAUUUGCAAUCCACUACAUUAUGUAGAAACUAUGAAUAUACCUUUUUGUAAGCAGCUGGUUGGAGCUUCAUGGGCAAUUGGUUUCUUCAAUGCCAUCACAAACACGCUAUCUGUAUUGAAGCUCUCAUUUUGUGGUCCGAAUGUUAUUAGGCACUUCAGCUGUGAACUUCCUUCUCUUCUUACCUUAUCAUGCACAGAAACUUCCAUGAAUGAAAUUACAUUCUUCAUUAGUGGUGGUACAGUAGGCGGAAUUGCAUUCUUUCUUACUUUGCUAUCCUAUAUCAACAUAAUCUCUACCAUCCUGAAGAUUAAUUCUGCAGAAGGCAGAAAGAAAGCCUUCUCUACUUGCAGUUCCCACCUCAUUGUUGUGGUUUUAAUUUACGGGACUGGCUACUAUCGGUAUCUCAGGCCUGAUUCAGCCUCAUCAAUUUUGCUAGAUGAACUUUUUUCCAUUCAGUAUAGCAUCUCUACACCCAUGUUAAACCCAAUUAUUUACAGCCUAAAAACAAAAGAGGUGAAGGAAGCAAUUAAGAAACUAAUAAGACAAAAACAUUGA